UUUGCUGAGGACUGUACAUUAUAAACACAUUUUGUAAAACUAAUUCUGGGCAAACACCGUAUAAGGAGUGAGGAAGCAAGUGCAAAUGUGACAACAUAUGUGAACCUUUCUUUGUGCACAACAUUGCCCAACGUGUGGAAAAGGAAAAGCCAUCCUCCCUUAUUGGGAAGUGUUUAAUUGCCACUGGAUAUUUUCUUGGACUGUAGCAGCAGGCAUGAAUGAUUCAGUUUGCUGUGGUUCGACUGAUAGUGGCAGCAGAUGUGGUGGAACCACUGGUGCAGAAGGUGCCACUGUCUCUCGUCUGCUCAGCGUGGUAGAGAAUGAGCUGCAGGCUGGUCGAGAAAAGGGAGAUCCAACUGAGAAACAGCUUUUGGUCACAUUAGAUGAUGCCGAACUUUGGAACCAGUUUAAAGCCAUCACGAAUGAGAUGAUUGUGACGAAAAAUGGCAGGAGAAUGUUUCCUGUUUUGAAAAUCAAUGUUUCUGGCCUGGAUCCAAAUGCGAUGUAUUCCUUCCUUCUGGACUUUGCUCCUGUUGACAGCCACCGGUGGAAGUACGUAAAUGGAGAGUGGGCCCCAGCUGGGAAACCUGAGCCACAGAACCACAGCUGUGUCUACAUCCACCCAGACUCACCCAAUUUUGGAGCACACUGGAUGAAAGCCCCCAUCUCAUUUAGCAAAGUCAAGUUAACCAACAAGCUAAACGGCGGUGGCCAGAUAAUGUUAAAUUCACUACAUAAGUAUGAACCACAGAUUCACAUUGUCCGUGUUGGUGGACCUCACAGAAUGGUCAUGAAUUGUUCAUUUCCUGAAACUCAGUUCAUCGCUGUGACUGCAUAUCAAAAUGAGGAGAUCACUGCUUUGAAGAUUAAAUACAAUCCCUUUGCAAAGGCAUUCCUGGAUGCAAAAGAAAGAUGCCAUCACCGAGAAUUUCAAGAAGGUAUCCAUGAUAGUCACCACAGAGGUUUUUCUCAGUUGAGUGGAUGGCUGCUUUCAAGUCCUGAAGCCAUAUGUACAUCUGGAAAUCCUAGUUAUCAGUACACCAGCACUUUACCUCUUCAUUCUUCACAUGCCCACCAUAGCUGUGAACAUUACACAAACCUCCGUAGCCAUCGACCUGCCCCCUACCCAACAUCGUAUAUGCACAGGAACCACCCUGCAGUAACACUGGCUGAGCCUGCAAGCAAUGGCCUGCAGGUUUUCCCUCGGCAUGAUAGUUGGACUCCUGUUCCUCCACCACCAUCUCUGUCACAUGCUAAUCUUCUCUCAUUGCCUCAUACCACUGCAGUUUCUGGUAAUACUGGGCACUACCCCUGCCUGUGGGCAGUCAAUAACAGCACAGCUGGUACUACCAUUCCAUUGAAUGAGACACCGGACAGCACACCCAGUCAGUUCUUACGGGGUAACACCUCUGUAACUACCACUGUACCAUCCACAUCACCUGGAGCCGCGGCAACAGUGGCAGCAGCAGCUCUGGUCACAAUGCAGGGCAGUGGAGGAAGCAGUAUGGAAGGCAACGGAGAGCCUUUGCACACCAGACUUUCUGUAUCCACCUGGACAGCAGUAUCUUCGCAUUCCUUUUAAUCAAUGAAAAUCUGUGUUCCUGAUGCUGUGAAGAUAUGCAUUAGUGACAGUCAAGAGUCUUGUAAGAUCAACACUUAUGUGAAGGCCCAAAGGUGUGGGGAACAGAUUUUGGUAGGGUUAUGGGGAUACAGAAUUCCUUAGAGUUCAGACUUCAGAAGUUAAAGUCAAUGUCUUACAUCGGCAACAUUAUUCCAGACCACACCCACAAGAGACUGUUUCAGAGCUAUAAACUCUUUAUAACUUUUCCUUCAAGAUUAAUAUUUGCUUUUGAAGACAUGUGCACUAUGCUGUAUGUGAUUAAAAAUGUAAAAUUCCUUGAUGCUUUUAAGAGUUUUGUAACCAGUGUGAACUGAAGAAAAUAAGCUUAAGCACUCAAAGAAUUAAAUGUCAUAUUUAUUAAA